CUUAGUUUUGCUUUGUCUUUUUGUUUUAUUAUACCUUCCUUAUAAUAGAUGUUUAUAAUUUUUUAAGUUCCUUUAACUCGCUUCGGACGCCUAUCCAACUUUGGUAAGAUAUCUUUGAAGUUGGAUUUCUUCAAUAAUACUAAAAAAUGUAUCUUAUACAGAUAAAAGAUAACGUUAAUCAGAUGGAUAAAAUGACAGAUGCACAGAAAGCGGCCUAUCUAGAGGCACAUGCUGUAAUGCAACAACAAAUGGCACAUGCUGCUAGCCUUCAACAGCAGCAGCAGCAACAACAACAGCAACAACAACAACAGCAGCAGCAACAACAACCGCAGCAACAUACUGUUAAGUUAGAAUAUGUGCCGACUCUUAAAGUCCCUCAGGUACCUCAGCCACAAUCCCAACCGAAAACACAAGAUGCCAACACAUUUACUAUGGUUGCAGAUGACGGAAGUCUUGGCUAUGAUGAUGGAGUAAGGGUACUUCGCUCCAUCGGAACUUGGGCUCCUGAUUAUGCUAAUCAAGUAGGUGGUUCUUUUACAACAGAACAAGCAACUUUUACCACUAAUGCUGAGCCUGAGAGGACAAAAACUACACAAUCGAGUUCAACAACUACACCUCAAACUGUAAAAACAAAACCAAAAGUUGAAAACAAUAAUAAGAGCUUCACUUGUACAGAAUGUGGGAAAGGACUUGCUAGGAAAGAUAAAUUGGUUAUUCAUAUGAGAAUUCAUACUGGAGAGAAACCGUAUGUUUGUGAAGUUUGUAAAAAAGCAUUUGCUCGGAGGGACAAGUUAGUUAUUCAUGUAAACAAGAUGAAACAUAUGACACCUUCAAAUCUUGCACCUUUAGCCAAAAGAAGUCAUCCUCUUGAGGUGAAGUCUCCUGGUCAAUCGAAUGAGAAAAAAGAAAAAGAGGAACAGCAAGGUUCACCACCACCUACAAACCUACCGCAGAAUGGAGGAUGGAGCUGUGAGCUGUGCGGGCGUGUGUUGUCCGGUCGGGAGGAGUGGUCAGCGCAUGCACGGGCCCACCUGGAGGCACAGGGACCCCCUCCUUAUCAGCCGCCUCCCUUCCCUUCGCCCGAUAGACAUUACUGCCUCAUGUGCCGGCAGGACUUUUCUGAUAGGACAGAGUUCAUGUUCCACCUCAGGGCACAUUUCAAGUCGCAGGAUGUCGUUACUGAGCCAAACAGUCAAGGCCUCUGUACCUGAAUUCCCACCCCCCUCCUUGUCGGCCCGCUCUAGAGCUAUAUAUUUUCAUAAGAGAUCCAGGUUUGAGCGGAGGGUUGCAAAACUAACUGGAAAACUGAUAUUGGAAAGGAUUUUGAAAAUAUUGGGAAAAUUAUAUGAAAUAAAUUCUCUAGAUUGACUGUCAUCAAUUCUGUGGACGUCUGUUUUUUAAAUAAACAAUUUUUAGUCUU